UUUUCUUGGUACCUAUAUAUUAACUGAAAUAUAUUGACUUAUUUCAGUUAAUAUAUAAAAAGAGUCUUUAUUUUAAAAAUUAAAUAUGUUUUUUAAACUAAUUCUUCUUUUAAUUAUAACUACAGUUCAUUCAUUUUGUGAAAACAAACCGUAUUAUUGGAGAGUUUACGAAGAAUUUACACCACACGAUGCUCUUUCAACGGAAGAUGAUAAAUCUGAAAUUUUCGUUGGUCGAAUUCCUGUUUGUGAUAAUCAAAUGAGUGUUACUUACUAUCCAGCUACCUUUAAUUCUACAAAUAAAAUUGCAGUAACAUUUGUACAUGAGAUGAAAAGAGUUUUUUAUAAUAAUAUUAUGAUUUUAUGUACAUCUGAACCGAAACGUUUACGUUGGAAGUACAUUAAUAGUGUUGCCCUACAUGAUCGUGAUAUAUUAAACAAACUAGUUCCAGUGGGUAAAGAAACAACUGGAAUUACGUAUAUCGGAAAAGUUUUUCACGAAAACGAAUGGAAAAUUUCAACUGUGUACGCUCAUAACAGGCCUGGUUUAUAUAUAUGGUCGAACGUUGAUGGUAAACUGGUGAUUGCACCAGAUUUUCAAGUAUUAAUGUUUGAAUGGUCACCAUGUGAUGAUAAUAAUACAAUAGCUUCGUUACAAGUGUAAUAAAUUUAUAUCUGUUCGAAAUGAAUCGCUUACUGAUGAUGUAAUAAAUCAUUUACUGAUUUUAUUUUAUAUAUUUCUUAUUACUUUCGUAAUAAAUCGAACAAUGGUAAUA